UCUUCUCCUUCAUCAAUGACAUCCAAAACUCCUCUCUCUUUCGUUCACUCACUCUCUCUCUAUCUCGCAAAGCCACAGACAUAGUCCCUCUCUCUCUCUCUAUAAGCCCAAAACUAAAAUCCUAGAAUUGGAAUCGGCCACUUCUUGGAUUCUUAGCCGUUGAAAAGCCACAUAAAGCGUCCCGUAAAGAUAAUAAUUUUACUUAAUUAUGGGGAAGAGAAAGCGAAGUAAUGAUCGGACCAACCACAACCUGACCUUCCGCGAACCUCCUUCUGCUUCUGACAACAUGCCUUGCUCUUCUGGAACUCAUUUUUUAUACAAGGAGAAACCUGCACAUUUAGUCCAGUCUAGUGGGCUGAUGCUGCCUUCACGUGGCUCAGAUAUUGCAGAUGCUUCUGCAAAGCCACUGAACAUUCAUUCGUCUGUAUCAAAUCAUCAUCACAAUCUUGGUCGUUCAAUAUUCCUGAAACGUUCACGUCACCACUAUGGCCAUCAAUACUCUAGGCGUAACACAUCAACAUCACAUGUCAAGGUUUCCCCUUUUCGGGAUGAGAGGCUUUCCUUCAAGUUCAUUAAUCAAUGCAACCCUGAGUCAAGCUGCCAUACAGACAAGAGGGAUAAAGCAUUUAGCAGUCAAGAGAGAAUUAGGUCCAGCUCCUUGGUAAUGGAUUCCAUCUCAUCAGAUAUCGUGAAGAUGGUAUGCGGGAUCUGUCAGAAGCUGCUGAGAAGAAAACCCUAUUUUCUCGGGGAUGGAAUGUCUUCUGGCGAAAACUCUGUUGUGGCAGUUUUAAUCUGUGGCCAUGUUUUUCAUGCCGACUGUUUGGAGGCAAGAACGGGCCUUGAGGAUAGACGUGACCCCGCCUGCCCAUUGUGCUUGGGCUUAGAACUCACGGAGGUUGAUGCGCCAAGUGGUCAGGAACUACCUGUAUAGAAAUGGCCCCAACUGCUCAGGAAGUGCAUGUAUAGAUGGUGACUUUACAUAUCAUGCUAAUAAAAUCUAGAACAGACGGGACAUACUUAGAUGGAUAUCUAGGUUGUUUGUUACUUUGUUUAGAUUUGAGCAUAUGUUAAUGCAGCUUAUAAAUUUGACUCAGCCUCCUACUGAGACUCCGGCUGCCGUUUUGAAUGCCGAGGAGUUGGAAACUUGAUGUAUUCAGCUUAUAUAUUUUUUGCUAGUCAUAUUGUAGAAAGCACUAUGCAUAUGAAAGUGACUAUUAUGCUGA